AUGUUCAAGGCCCUCAUGGGCGGGGGCCGUUCGUCCUCGGAUGCCCGCAGCAAUUCGAGCGCCAAAUCCUCCUCCCGUCGCAGAGCCGACUCGAAGGCCUCCUCCACAGUCAGCCGCAAGUCCUUCCGGGGUGACGACCGGGACCGUGGCUUGGGCGAUCUGUCCGCAUACCCCUCCUCUGGCAGUCGCAGCAAGCGCUAUGCAUCCAGUGCAGCCGGCGACUCCGUCGCUUCGAGUUAUGCGACCGCCGACCCCGGCUUCCCCAUCGAGUCGGACCGCAUCAUCGAACGCACCCCUCGACGCCCAGAUAUCGACGACCCCGAUCGCAGUGACCGAUAUCGCGACACAGCCGAUCGGAAUGGGAAGGGCUCCCGCAGGCGUGAGCGAAUCCGGUCGCCCAGUCGAGAACGUGAACGUACCAGGCCUGUUCGCGACGAUCCAUCUGGUGACGCAGAUGAUCGCGAUCAUAACGGUACCUCCAGUCGCCCGGAGCGACGACGGACACACUCGGGCGAUCCAUACCCAGCGAUGCCGGGCCCUGCGCCUGCCGUGUCGUUCGCUGCCGACGUCAUGGCGACCCCGAAUCACCAAUUCCCUGGCAUGACCACCACCAUGCCGGGUCCUGAGACAACGCCCACUGUGUAUGAUCCCCAUGUGCAGCAACAGUUCCCCGGUCAGUUCCCUGCCUACGUGGCCGAACCGUAUCGCCCACCCAACCCGGCUGGGGAAGCGGCCGAUUACUACGGUGACCAGGGUCAGUCGGUCGCAGAGCAGCCCGGUGUUCGACCGCAGCCUCCUCUGGUUAUUCCAAACAGUCAAGCGCAUCUCAUGUCGGCCUCGCCGGUCGACAACCCUCCGCCAGAACCCAGUAGUAUGGGACAGGUGGGGGCUGCUGCAGCGUACUACGAUGAUGAACCCGGAACCCAGGCCCCUCAGCCAGGCAACCCUGCCUCCACCAUGCCCCCGAACCCAACGAUUCAAACCGCCGGACUUGCGGGACCAGCUGGGGGUGUGGCUGCUGCGUACCAAACCGGUCAUGGUUCACCAGGAGCCGAAGAAUUUGGUUCGCCACAUGUACCGGUUGGGGCAUCGCCAUCAACAUAUGUCCCUGCUGCUGCGCCCACUCCGCAGAACCCUCCAUACAAGCCAUCACACUCCCACGGAACGGGUGCCGCAGUGGGUGCGGCGGCGGCUGGUGCUGCCGCAGGCUAUUUCCUCGGACACCAGCACUCGUCUUCCAGCCCAGAUCACGUCUCGCAAUACACCAUGCAGAACCCCGAUGAUGUCUCGCUAAAUGGAAUGGGGUAUACCGGCCCAGCUAUGUACCCUCCGCAUUCAAACGCCCCGCCCUAUGCUGCUGCUGGAGCAGCAGCCGCUGCAGGAUACGCUGCGCAUCCUUCUCACCCGCACCAUGCUGCGGUCUACCACGGGGCGCCCCUCGCCGCCGGGGGAUUAGCUUUUCAACACCGUCAACGGGGCCCACUGAGCAAAUUCAUUGAUUUCUGGCGCGACCCAGAUGGUGUUGUACUGCUUUGA